UGUGCAAGGAUCCACCCUACAAAGUUGAAGAAUCUGGGUAUGCUGGUUUCAUUUUACCAAUUGAGGUUUACUUCAAAAACAAGGAAGAACCUAAGAAAGUUCGAUUUGACUAUGACUUAUUCCUGCACCUUGAAGGCCACCCACCUGUAAAUCACCUCCGCUGUGAAAAGCUCACAUUCAACAACCCGACAGAGGAAUUCAGAAGAAAGCUGCUAAAGGCAGGAGGGAUCAUGGUAAUGUCAGAUGGCACAUCGUUCUCUUCAGGACAGAGCCUUCAUCUCCCCAACCUUCCCAGUAACUGCCUGUCUUUUUCUGAAGUGAAGAAGAAAUCAUCUCAUGGGCCAAAGGUGGUGCAAGAACCAAUGAAUAGAGGUGCACUGCUGGACUUUUUACUAACAAAGAAAGAAGGACUGUUUGUGGAUGUGAAGGCUGGGGGCAGCCUCAGCUGCAGUGACCAUGACAUGUUGGGAGUUCAGGAUCCUGCGUGGAAGAAGCCGGACAAUAA